AUGUCUCUCGCAACCUUGGAUCAUCCCUACCUCCCUGCCGCAUCUGCAACGCUCUUCAAAGCAAAGGCAGCCCGAAAACUCAGUUUUGAGAAGAUUGGAGAGCACCUUGGUCGCAAUGAAGUAGCCGCCGCUGCUAUUUUCUACGGCCAGGCCCGUGCAUCACCCGAGGACAUCGAAAAGUUGGCGAGUCUACUCGGAAUUCCCCAACAGCCACUGGAAAACCAGCUCAGUGGAUUCCCCGACCGGGGCCGCUCGGUUGAGAUGCCGCCCAAAGAGCCUUUGAUUUAUCGUCUCUAUGAGAUUGUGCAGAACUAUGGAUAUGCCUACAAGGCGGUGCUGAAUGAGAAGUUCGGAGACGGUAUUAUGAGUGCCAUUUCUUUCUCUACCAAGGUUGAGAAGGAAACUGAUGAGGAUGGAAACAACUGGGCUGUUAUCACUCUUCGGGGUAAAUGGUUGCCCUUCUCUCGCUUUUGA